AUGCCUUGUGAGUGGUCUCAAGGCGUGAUAUGCCCAUUACAUAAAAAAGAUGACCAGCUCCAGUGUGACAACUAUAGAGGUAUAACCCUGUUAACAACUGCUUACAAAAUACUAGCAAAUAUUCUCUACGAAAGACUGCAAGUUUACACAGUGGGCAUAGUUGUACAGAUUCUCGAGAAAACAUUAGAAUUCAAUAUUGAAACCCAUCACCUAUUCGUCGACUUCAAGGCCGCAUACGACAGUGUCAAGAGAACAGUGCUAUACCAAUCAAUGCAUGAGUUUGGUAUACCAGAGAAACUUAUACGACUAACGAGAAUGACAAUGUCUAACUUAGAAGCCACUGUUAGAAUACAGGGAGAGAGUUCUAGAUCCUUUGAGAUAAAGGAUGGACUCAGACAAGGAGAUGCUCUGGCUUGCCUCCUAUUUAAUAUUGCCUUAGAAAAGGCAGUCCGAGAUACACGAAUUAGGGAUGGCGGUACUAUUUACAAUAGAUCGAUACAAGUCUUAGCAUAUGCUGAUGACAUUGACAUAGUAGGGCGUAGCAAGCCAGAUGUUGAGCAAUAUCUCCUAGAAUUGGAAACAGCGGCGAAACAGGUCGGUCUAGUCAUCAACGAGGACAAAACCAAGUGCAUGUUGGUUACAAAGGAUCCGAUAGCAAAUGAGGAACGAGAAACAGUCUUUGGAAGUCAUACCUUUGGACGUGUUGACAACUUUACAUACCUUGGGUGGCUAUUGACUGCUACCAAUAAAACAAGCGAAGAAAUCAAAAGACGAAUAAAUCUUACAAAUAGGGCAUACUAUGGACUCCAAAAGCAUCUCCACUCAAGAAACAUUCAAAGAAGAACUAAAAUUAUGAUAUACAAAACAUUGCUGAGGCCGGUCCUCACAUAUGGAGCAGAAACAUGGACUCUAACGCAGAAAGAUGAAAGACUUUUGGGAAUAUUUGAGCGUAAAAUACUCCGCAAAAUAUUUGGAGCUGUAAAUGACCAAGGGCAGUGGCGCAGAAGAUAUAAUUUUGAAUUGUAUCAGCUCUUUGAUGAGCCAGAUGUCAUAACGUUCAUUAAAACACAACGACUUAGAUGGGCUGGACACAUAAUACGAAUGCCAGAAAAUACGAUUGCUAAAAAGCUAACCACAGGAACACCUAAGAAUCAACAGCCAUGGAAAAAAACGGUCAAAAGCAGGGGAUGGCCUUUAACAGGUGCUAAGUAUAACAUCAAACCAUUACUAUUUGAUCUCGAGGAAGCACUUUCUGUAGAGAACUCCUACAGGCCCAGUGUAUUAGCAAUUCAAUAUAAUGUUAAACCAGGGGAGGUUACUCUCACGUCUAGAGAUGGUAUUGUACAUCUUCUACGUUUCCUGAAAUCAUGGUUUGAUACCCCAGAACAAGUCUUUUUUGUAGCAGUCAGCUACUUGGAUGCAUUUAUAGCACGUAUAAAGGCUUGCAAAGUUUGUAAGCCUAACAUAACGUGGUGCCGGUGUACAAAAACACUGAAGAACUCUGAAAAUCCCGUUUUAAAAUAUGCUUUGUUUACGUGGUUUUUGCAACAAAGACGAUUGCAUAUUCCUAACGUUAUAGAAAAUGUGAUGUUAAAUUACCGCAAAUCACUUUCAGUCAGAAACGAGAGAGGAGACCUCUUAGAAAAAUUCGCAGAAGACUCAGAACUAGUUGUCACCAACACAUUCUUCCAAUUACCACCUCGCAAGCUGUACACAUGGAAAUCCCCUCAAGACAAACCCGGGAGAAUUAUUAGGAAUCAAAUAGACUACAUUUUAGUAAAUAAAAGAUUCCGAAACAGCUUUACAUCUGUCAAGACUUAUCCUGGAGCAGACUUGGAGACAGACCAUGUUCUACUGAUUCAAGAUUUAUUUGAUGAGUACAUCCUCCCACUGGUGGGAGUAUUUCGAGUCAAACUCAAAACAGUACAAAGAAAAACACAAUCAUACGACCUACGCAUGCUGAAAGACCUUGAUACGAAGAUGAGAGUCCAAUCCACGUUAAACGAGCAAGUGACUGCAAUUAGAGACGAAUCGAACGAAGAACAAACGAUCAAACAAAUUACAGAAAUAGUGCGAAAGACAAAGAAGCAAGGGAAAUAUGCGAAGAAAUUGAGACUCUGCGGUCAAACUUUGCACGAAACUGAAAAAGGUAUUCUACUGAAUGGUUACCGGCUAAACAACAUAAGAUAUGCAGAUGACAUCAUAGUAUUUGCGGACAACUUAGAAGACCUACAAUCAACAAUAUGGACUCAAUAUAUAAACAUUAAGAAGAUAAAGCUUAUGAUAAUUAGCAAGAAAAGGAUAACAGAAGGUCAACUCUACGUCAACCAAUCUCCUGUAGAAAGAGUGACGCACUACAACUACCUCGGCACCAUAAUAAAUGAAGAAUGGACCAACAACCAGGAGAUUAGAGCACGCAUCGGAAAAGCUAGAUCCACCUUCAAUCGGAUGGGGGCCAUCUUCAAGAGUUACAACCUCUGUCUUGAUACAACAGUAAGAAUGCUGCGAUGCUACAUCUUCUCUGCCCUUUUUUAUGGUGUUGAAUCGUGGACCUUGAAGGAAGAUGUAUGCAAAAACUGGAAGCAUUUGAGAUGUGGUUAUAUCGGAGAAUACUUAAGAUCCCGUGGACUGACCGAGUCACAAAUGAGGAGGUCCAUCAAAAUAAACCGGCUGCGGUGGUUAGGUCACAUAGAGAGAAUGAAUGAGAUGGAGCCGCCAAAACAUAUUUAUAAUCAAAGAAUAGAUGGCGUGAGAAGGAGAGGCAGAUCCAGAGCACAAUAUAAGGAUCAGGUGGAGGAAAACUUGACUUUGACUUGA